AUGCGAGGACUGAUGAUCCGCAGAGCAUCAUAUCUCAAUAAGCAAAGACGAGCAACACUUAUGAAACUGCUCAUACAGCUAAGAGAUAUAACCCAAACAUAUUACCAAACAAAACAGCAGGAUCUCCUACCGGAAAUCCAAACCAUCACCACCAAAAUUAAUGAACACCAAUUCCAAAAACCGGCAUACAUUCUGAAAAAAUUUAAGAUGAACCACUAUGCGAAAGGGAACAAAGCUAGCAAACUGUUGGCCAACAUGCUACGCAAAAAGCAAUCUAAUGCUAAGAUUCCAUACAUUCUCUCAAAAG